AUGGUUCUUCCUAAAGUUCUAUUAACGAGAACGUUACCACCUGAGUCACAGCAACUCAUUGAAAAUGCUAAAGAUAUCGAGCUUAUUCAUUGGAAGGACGAUAUUAUACCCCGAGACCAAAUGCUGAAAUUAGUACCAGGUGUUAAUGGAAUCCUUUGUAUGUUAACUGAAAAGAUUGAUUCAGAGCUCUUAGAUAUAGCUGGUCCAAACUUGAAAGUUGUAUCGACAUUUUCAGUGGGAUAUGAUCAUGUAGAUUUAAAUGAACUCCGCAAACGCAAAAUACUUUUGGGAAAUACUCCUGAUGUACUUACAGACGCGACUGCAGAUAUUACUGCUUUAUUGGUACUGGCAGCAGCACGUAGAAUACGUGAGGGAAUUCAUGCUAUAGAAGAUGGGAAAUGGGGCAAGUGGGGUCCAGUCUGGAUGUUAGGUACUCAAUUAACUGAUAAGACUGUUGGAAUCGUUGGUUUUGGUCGAAUCGGAGAGGCUACUGCGCGUCGACUUAAGCCAUUUUUAGGUGAAAAUGGAAAAAUAUUAUAUUCUGGAAAUAAUGAUAAACCAAUGGCUGUUCCUCUCGGUGCUAUUAAAGUUGAAUUUAAUUCGUUAAUUAGAGAUUCAGAUAUUAUUUCAAUCAUAAAUCAUGAUGAUCUUUUACGUGCUUUGUCGGAAGGUCUAUUAGGUUCUGUGGGAUUAGAUGUGACAGCACCUGAAUCAUUAGAACCUGAUCAUCCUAUUUUGAAAUUUCAAAAUGUAAUUGUUCUUCCUCACAUUGGUAGUGCAACGUUAGAAACACGAACGAAUAUGGGAAAUCUUGCUGUUGAAAACGUUUUAGCUGGUGUUCGGGGACAAACGUUACCUCGUUUC